AUGGAACAAGAGGAGGACGAUUUGUUAAAUUUCGAUUCUUCGAAUCAACCAGAUGACGAUUUCGGGGAAGUUAUCCAGGACUGGGCCGUGGUGGCCCAGAAGUAUCAGGGCAAGAAACGAAACACUGUACCUAAAAGAGGAGUGAAAGAUGCGGAGCCUCUCGCGCAAGAAUCAACCACAUAUGACGAAAGAAUGCUUUCGGAGGCCAGAAAUACUAUGUAUGAGGCAUUGUCGAAAACACGCCGUGUUCCUGUUCCUGGCAAUGGGAGCAUGGAUCCUCUCACUAUAAGAUAUGACAGGCAGACUGGGGAGUUCUACAUGACCCAGCCGAAAGGCAAGUUUCUUGAAACGCUUGGUAAAACAGACAGGGAUGGAAAGACCGUCUGGAUGUUUCCGGAAGAGGCAGUUUUCUUGGUUGAACGUGGAAGCUGUAUUGCGAAGUAUUCGGAUGAUGACUCGCAUGUUUUGAGUUUGGAGGAGCUGUAUAGCAUGGCGUUUGCGAAUCCUGGAGACUACGAGAAAUUCAUGUGCUAUUCUCACUUGAAGAGAUGUGGAUACACAAUUCAGAGACACGCUGAAUAUGAUGAGAUGAUACCAUUGGUCACCGAAGUGAUGGUGCCUGUUUUGUCUACGAAAAGGUUUCAGCUGGGACAUUUGGCUAACUACUUGACCAGGUCAUUGUCCUGGUUCAGAAGACUCAUACUCCCUCUUGUGGAUAGAAUAGGCCUAUUCUGUUUCAACGGUGGACUUUCGCGGUAUCCGCUGCUUCACCCUCAACAUUUCGAGUUUUCUCGCUACUUCAGAUACUCUUCUAUGUUCUCCCAGUUGCAGACGGUGUUUUUGAGACCAUCUUCUCACCAAGAGGUUCAGGCAAAUCAGCAAACAAAGUACCGUAUUUGCUUCAACAUUUGGAAACCAACACCCGGGUUCCGCAAGAAGUCUCCCCCAGUGCCAGACUUCCAGGUUUGUGUGAUAGAUGUGAACAGCACGAACUUUCCCUCGUUCGAAGAGGUCAGGUCUUUGUUAGGUCGCUGUGAUUCGCACACGGUAAAAAAGGUGGAAAGAACGUCUGUCGCAACGGGACCCGAUGACUUUAAAUUGAAGUAUGGGGAGAAGCACAUUUUAAUUUGCAUCAUAGAUCAAGGUGUUAUGAACUUUGUGAGAUUGAACGACUCCAGCUUUGCUAGUGAAGGGUUGAUAUGGCAGGACCAAUGGCUUCAGAAGAAAAAGUUUGCUCCGAGGAAAGGGGGUAGGAAAAAUCGCCGCAAGCAAUGA